CGCCAAUAUUUCCUGAAUUCCAUUUGGAAUCAUAAAUCCAUCAAAUUUCGCUACUGCUGAGUGGUGAGUGAGACCCGUCAAACUCAAAGUAUCAAACUGCUUGCUGCCCAGUGCCAAAACAAAACAGAAAACUCCUGCCGGAGGAAAAACAGAAAACCCACCACCGGGAAAGAUCAUGGAGGUGAAAGCUCGGGCUCCGGGCAAGAUCAUACUCUCCGGCGAGCAUGCGGUUGUCCAUGGAUCCGCAGCGGUGGCUGCUUCCAUUGAUCUAUACACUCACGCCACCCUCACGUUCCCUACUUCCCCUGAGCACGAAGAUAUGCUGAAAUUGCAGCUUAAAGACAUGGCAUUGGAGUUUUCAUGGCCGAUUUCGAGAAUCAAACUAGCGUUCUCCCAGUUGGGAGUCCCAUUCUCAUCAAAACCCACCACAUGUUCUUCGGAAUCGUUGAAGUUGAUUGCAGGUUUGGUUGAAGAACAAAGAAUUCCAGAGGCAAAAAUCGCACUUGCAUCAGGAGUGUCUGCAUUUCUUUGGCUCUACAUCUGCAUUAAAGGAUUUAGACCUGCAACUGUAGUCAUUACUUCGGAACUUCCAUUAGGUUCGGGCCUUGGUUCAUCGGCUGCCUUUUCUGUUGCAAUCUCAGCUGCUCUCCUGGCAUUCUCGGACUCUAUUAAGACCGAUUUGAGGCGUCCUGGGUGGUUAGAUUUUGAGGCGCUUCAACUUGAUCUUGUCAACAAAUGGGCUUUCGAGGGUGAAAAAAUCAUUCAUGGAAAACCAUCAGGAAUCGACAACACGGUUAGCACAUAUGGCAAUAUGAUCAAGUUCAAAACUGGCAAUCUAACCCGAAUAAAGUCAAGCAUGCCUCUCAAGAUGCUCAUUACUAACACUAAGGUUGGGAGGAACACGAAAGCAUUGGUGGCUGGGGUUUCAGAGAGGAACAUAAGGCAUCCUGAUGCAAUGAGCUUUGUUUUCAAUGCUGUGGACUCCAUCAGUAAGGAAUUGGCUAAUGUCCUUCAGUCGCCUGCUCUUGAUGAGCUUUCAAUAACUGAGAGGGAAGAGAAGCUUGGGGAGUUGAUGGAAAUGAAUCAAGGCUUGCUCCAAUGUAUGGGAGUCAGCCAUGCUUCUAUCGAAACUGUUCUGAGGACGACGUUGAAGUACAAGCUUGCUUCUAAGUUAACCGGUGCUGGCGGUGGAGGUUGCGUGCUAACACUCUUGCCAACCCUGCUAUCAGGAACUAUUAUUGAUAAGGUGAUCUCAGAGCUAGAAGCCUGUGGAUUCCAAUGUCUGACUGUUAAGAUUGGUGGCAAUGGUGUUGAGUUCUCUAAUGGCUCAUCCUAGUUGGCUGGGAGAGAGACUGAAAUGUUAUAGAUUUGUAAGAUCUUUUGUCUCUGAUCUCAUGAGAAAAACUAAUAACUCCGAGAACAUGGGCACUCUCUCCCUCUCACUCAGUUUCAUUACAGGUUUGUUGGUCUGUAGAAUAUUUCUUGUAAUCUGUUUUUGGCUUUUCAUUCUACUGUCAUUCAAUCUCCAAGCUUCCUUGAAGCAAUCAUGAUCGUUGAUUCACCCUGAUGCUACCAAGCAAUUGGGGAUGUUUGAUAACAAACUAUGUUUAUGGGCGAUGCGAUUUAUCAUAAGUUGUUGCAGUUGGAACAGAUGUGGUUUGUCAUGUGCUUGGGGUCGACUCCUUGAUGAAACUGCUACCAAAUACCACUAAUGCAAGUGUAUUUGGAUCUCAUUUAUUGAGCCAAGUUGCCC